AAGCCAGAAUUAAUAUUUAAAGCAAAUUUACAAACUAAACUCAACAAAAAGCACAAAACACGCAAAACCCGUGAGUUCAAAGUUCAAAAUACAAAUAAAAAAAAAAAAAAAACACAAAUAUUUCGUAAAAACGUAACGAAGAAAAACUACCUCAAGAGAGCAGUGAGCGUGUACAAAAAAAAAAGUAAUAAUAAUAAUAAUAAUAAUAUAAACAUAAACAAACUAUUUAUAUGCUUGUGUACAAUAUAUAUACAUAUAUCUAUAUUUGAACUCUGCAAUCAUAACCGCACCUCCCACCACAAACCCGCGUAGCGCAGUGGCAUAUGAGCUGCGCAGCCAUGCGAGCCUGCGGACUUAAAUGGCGUCUACAAUAAUCGCACAGAGCAGCACAGGCGGCCCCGUCGAUCCGGCAUCGGCAGCUAACGGCAGCGCCAGCAGCAGCAACACCCUGCCAGCAAUAUCGGCAACAGUCGCCUCGGCAGCUGCCGAUCUGCACAACACGCAUCUCAAUCAGCUGAGCAGCCUCAGUCAGCACUAUACGACGCCCUACCAUCAUCAUCACUACCAGCAACAGCACCAACAGCAUCAGCAGCAGCAGCAGCAGCAGCAGCAGCAACAUCUACAGCAGCAACAUCAGCAACACUAUCAGCAGCAGUCGCAGGCGGAGCAACAUCCUCAGCAUUGGGAUUACUAUGCGCGACAGCAACCCGCCGCGCCAGCCAACAAUAGCAACAACAGUAACAGCAGCGGCAACAACAACAGCAGCAAUAACAACAACAGCGGCAACGCCAACGGCAGCAACAGUGACAACAACAACAGCAACAAUACAAAUGUUGCAACACCUUUGGGCAGCAGCAGCAGCAGCAGCAAUGCUAAUGGUCCUGCUGCCAGUGGCAACAAUGGCCACGGCCUCGGCCACGCCCAUAAUCAGCACGUCCUCGGAGGACAUAGUGAUGCCAACAAUGCCGUUGCUGCUGCCGCCGCCGCCGCCGCCGUCGCAGCAGCAGUAGGCGCCAACGGCAACAACGCCAACGCCAACUCGAACUCAAACUCAAACUCGAACGGCAGCUAUACACGUCCCUGGGAAAUGGAAUCCAAGGACAGCGUGCCGCCCCAGAACCAGCCACAGACGCAGCCGAAGAGCGGCUUUGAGCCCUUCUCAAAGCUGCCCUCAUUCCAAAGUCAAUUUCAUGGCUACAACGAUCAGCUGAUGCCCGAUGGCACGCCCAUGCCCAUGCCCAUGCCAAUAACAGCAGCCGCCGCAGCAGCAGCAGCCGCUGCCGCUGCUGCUGGAGCUACCACUGCCAGUGGCACGGCCGGGAUGAGCUCGCUCCAAACGGUGGCCAUGUCGCCGGCCAGCAUCUCGGUCAGUUCGCCCGGAAUGAUGAGCGUGGGCUCGCCGCUGACCCAGCUGCCAGGCAUGCAGACUAGCAUAACGCCGCCCUCGGGCAGCUUUACUCCGUUGGGCGCACCACCGCCGCCACCGAAUGCAUUUCAUCACAUGCAUUCACAUCAUCGGGUGGCCGGAGCCGGAGCCGGCGCGUACCCUCUGAUGCCGGCGGCUACAGCCGCAUUUGGCGACCUGCAGCUGUAUCAGCCGCUGGCGCCGGGCUUUGCGCCGUUGAUCAAGAAGGAGCCGGGGGACGCGGCUGGCGGCGACUAUGACAUGCUAACGGGCAGCAUGCUGCUCAAGAAGGAGGACUUUGAUCUCAGCAACAGCAACACGCAUCUGUCGCAGCAGCAGCAGCAACAGCAGCAGCUGCAGCUGCAGCAGCAGCAGCAACAUGGGCACACACAUCCCGGCCUGGGCGUGGCUGUGGGCAUGCAUACGCCCACAUCGUACGAUGGCAACAACAGCAACAGCUAUCCACAUGCCGCCAGCAGCAGCGGCAGCCACACGCCGCACACGACGCAGCCGCUGACGCCGACGCCGACAACAACGACGCCCCUCAAGGUGGAGAAGCUGCUGCAGUCGCCCAUAGCGCGGCUGGAUGCGCGCAAGAAGGAGCGCCGGAAACAGCGGCCCAAUUCGCUCGAGUCCAGCGCCGAGAGUGAGGCCAGCGGCAUGGACGUGGAUCCCAGCGGCGGCAAUCCCGGACAGGUGGAUGCCGUUUCCAGCACGGCCAACUUCAAGAGCCCGCUGAGCGCACUCGGCAUGGGCGACAGCAGCGAUGCGAACGCCAAUGGAUGCGACAAGCAGGUAAGUUCAGCUUAAUGGUGCGUCCCGGCGAUAACUGGCAAACGCUGCGAAUAAUAGGAACACCCACCCACCAUGACCUAUCACCAACACCAACAAUACCAACCCAAUGCCAACAACCACCACUCCACCAACAACUCCUUCUCUUCUUCCGCCUCUGUUUUGCAGUCGAAAAAGAAGAGGAAGCGCUGCGGCGAAUGCGUCGGCUGCCAGCGCAAGGAUAACUGCGGCGAAUGCGCCCCCUGCCGCAACGACAAAAGCCAUCAGAUCUGCAAGCAGCGACGCUGCGAGAAGCUCACCGAGAAGAAGGAACCCAAAGCCAAACCCAUCGUUUACGGCGCCGACGGCCAACCUGUUCGUCCAGACGCCAAGCGCGGACGCGGCAAGGGCAAGUCAACUGGCGCCAAUGCCACCGUCGUCAAUGCCACAGCUGUGGCCGCUGGCAAUGGAACACCAACAACUGGGUCACGCGCCCGUAAAACCUCCACCAAAGCAAACAAACUGAAUGCAGCCGCUGGUGCCAUUGCAGCCGCAUCAGCAACAUCGCCACGUCUAAGUCCAACGCCAGCAGCAACUUUGUUGCCGCAGCAAUCGCCAAAUACUACAACAGCAACAGUUGCCGCAGCGGGCAGUUUGCAGCAACAGCAGUAUCAGCAACAGCAGUUGCAGCAGCAAUUGUUGACACACCAGCAGCAGCAGCAACAGCAGCAGCAACAACAGCAGCAGCACUAUCAGCAGCAGCAGCAACAGCCGCAGCAGCAUUUCCAGCAGCAGCAACAUUUGCAGCAGCAAACGCAACAUCAUCAUCAGCAGCAGCAGCAGCAGCAGCACGCACAGCAGCAGCAACAACAGCAACAUUUGCAUCAGCAGCAGCAUCAAAUAACCGCACAAAUUCAAACCAUGAAGGAUCAACCGCAACAACCUAUGGCACCUAUGGCCUUCUAUCCGACAUGGCAGGCGGAUCCGUCGCAGGGCUGGCAGAACCAGUUCAUACAGCAAAUACCACAGAAUACUCCAGCCAUCACAUCACUCAACUCCUUGGAUUUCCAGACACAGUCCUACGCCUAUCCAUCAAAUGGCUACGUGCAGACGGGUCUCGGCUUCGAUCCCAACUACGGCCGUUCGCCAUAUGGUGCGCCCGUGCAGCGCUACGACUUUCAGAGCCAGCAGCUCUCCAGUGCGCCGAUUAAUCAGGUGGGACUGCAGAGUGUUGCCGCCGGCUUUCCGCCUGGCGGUGUUAGCUAUGCUGGACAAGUGUCGACGGCGCCGGCGCCACCAGCCGUUGGCCUGCAGCAGCAACAGCAGCAGCAGCAACAGCAUCUUGGCGGGGAUCUGAGCAAAAGCAUGUCGGGAAACGACACGCCUGGAUAUCCGCGGGUGAGCAGCGUGCCGCCGCGCUCACUCAACUGUAACGGGUAUCCAGGCGACUACAGCGGUUCCAGCAACAGCAACAACAGACACAACAGCAACAGCAACCACAACAGCAACAACAAAACGACAACUGCAGCGCCCAGCGUCGCAACCGCGCCCACAGCGACUGGCCCUGGUAACACGGUUGUGGCCCAGCCAGCUGGCUCACCUAUGCAGCCUCAGGCCCAAACGGUGCCACCGUCGCCCACGCGUAGCCUCAUCCAGCAGCAGCAGCAGCAACAACAACAACAGCAACAGCAGCAGCCACGCCUCGUCUCACAGUCGCCCAGCCAGGUGCCGCCAUCCCCGAAUGGCAACGGACUGCAGCCCUAUGGCAGCAGCGUGCAGCCACAGCAGCAGACGCACUCACAUCUCGGCUCGCCGCCCAUGCAGGACUGGAACUGGAGUAAUCAGCAGCAGCAACAGCCACCGCCGCCUGCACAGCAGCAACAGCAGCAGCAGCUGACGAGCGAUGGCUACCCGGCGCAGGGUCAGGGCGAACGCUUGCAUCUGAACACGCGCAUCAAGUCCAUGAUUAUGCGCAAGAGCGAUUCCAAGGACUCGCCGCCCGACAUACAGCUGCAGGGCCAGACAACAGCCCCAGGUGCUGCCCAACAGCAGCAGCAGCAGCAGCAGCAACAGCAGACCGGUCAUUUUUUAUCGUAUAGCCACCAUCUCCGCCCCGAGACGGCGCUGAGCGCCAACGGCUCGAGCAGCGUCGCACCACCGCUGGCCGUUGCCGAGCCAAUCGGAGGUGGUGGCGAUCAAAUCUGGAAGCCGCACCACGCCAACUCGUUUAAGAAGCCCAGCGUGGGCAGCGGCUAUGCCGGCACGGACCAUCAGCUGCAGCUGCAGCUGCAGCAACACCAGCCAGGACAACACACAACCAUAAGCCACGCGGAGGUGCCGCCACAGCCUGCCAUGCCGAUUCAGCCGCCGGCACAGCCACAGCCCAAGAAAUCACGGAGUCGCAGCAAGGCGAGCCGUGCCGCUGCAGCCGCCGCGGAGGCUGCCGCCGCCGAAAUUGAACGGGAUCGCAAUGCUAACGAUCCGGGCGGCGGAGGACUCAAGGCCUUAGGCGCACACUAUCCGCCACCGCCGGGCAGCGGUCAGGACUAUCACGGGCAAUAUAUCAAGACGGAGCCGGGUCUAUUGCCGCCACCGCCGGGCGGACAACCAAACAAAAUGGAGGGCUACGAGCGCAACUACCAGAACUUCAUUCAAUAUGCCGACUUCUGCCAAAACGAUGGCCAGGGUCAGCCGGUGCAGCAGCACCAGCAGGACUAUGCCGGCUACCAUCACAACUCGGCGUAUUAUGGCGCCGGCGCCGGCAGCUUCCAGCAAAACUUCCAGCAGAGCUUCGUGCCCGGCUAUCAGGCCGCUGCGGCCUAUGGCAGCCGCGGCAAGCCGCCUUCGAAUGCCGCCCACCACGGGCCACAUGGCCAUGGGCACGGCAACAGCAUGCUGGAGCUGGACCGCAAGCCGGACACCAACAGCAUCAUACCACUGCCUACAAACUAUGAGAAGGAUAUACCGGCGCACGCGUAUCCCAUUCCGGCGCAUCGCUAUGCGCUCGGACACGGAGCACCGCCGCCGCCGCAUCUCGGCCACCACGGCAUGCUGGAGCCCAAGCUGGAGGACAUGGGCAUGCUGGGACAUGGCCACGGACAUGGCUAUGCCUAUCUAGGUGAGGGUAAGCCGCUAAACAGCGGCUUCUCGUGCUGUCGCCAGGGCGGCACCAGGCCACCCACCGCGGAGCAUCUCAAGGACGGCACCUGCCUGGGCCUGGGCAUCCAGCCCAAAGAGGAGCUACUGGACGAGGACGAGCUGGCCGAGGCGCACAAUGGUGUGAAGGCCAAGUCCAAAAAGCAGAAACAGGAUGAGAUACCCGAAAUAAUUGUCAAACACGAGAAAAUCAAUCCCAUGUUCGAUACGACGGAUCGCCUCGAAAAGGGCAACAAGACGGAAAUACCCGAGUGCGAGUGCUUUCAGUCUGACAAGAAUCCACCGGAACCGGGCACCUACUAUACGCAUCUGGGCACCGCAUCCACGCUGAUGGAGCUGCGACGCGAGUUCGAGGAUCGUUGCCAGCUGACGGGCCGUCAGUUGCGCAUCGAGAAGAUCGUCUACACGGGCAAGGAAGGCAAAACAUCGCAGGGUUGCCCGGUGGCCAAGUGGGUGAUCAGGCGUGCCGAUCCCGAGGAGAAAAUACUUGUUGUUGUAAAGAAACGUCCGGGUCACAGAUGCAUUGCCGCAUACAUCGUGGUGUGCAUGGUGGCCUGGGAUGGCAUGCCGCGCCUGGAGGCAGACAAUGCCUACAAGAAUUUGAUACCCAAGCUCAAUAAGUACGGACUACCCACCACGCGCCGUUGCGCCACCAACGAGAAUCGCACCUGUGCCUGCCAAGGACUGGAUCCGGAGUCGUCAGGCGCCUCGUAUAGCUUUGGCUGCAGCUGGUCCAUGUACUACAAUGGCUGCAAAUACGCGCGCUCCAAGACCGUGCGCAAGUUUCGGCUGUCGGUGAAGAGCGAGGAGGCAGCGAUUGAGGAUCACAUGAAUCUGAUUGCCACGCUGCUGGCGCCGGUCUUUAAGCAGGUGUGCCCGCGCUCCUAUGACAAUCAGACCAAGUACGAGCACGAGGCAUCCGACUGCCGGCUCGGCCUCGAGCCGGGCAAGCCCUUCUCGGGCGUGACCGCCUGCCUAGACUUUUGUGCCCACUCACAUCGCGAUCUGCACAACAUGCAGGAUGGCUGCACGGUGCACGUGGCACUGCUGAAGCCCACCAAUCGCGAUAGCCGCCUGCCCGACGACGAGCAGUUCCACGUCCUGCCGCUCUACACGAUGGACGGCACGGACGAGUUCGAGAGCGUCGAGGGGCAGCGUGAUAAGCAUCGCACCGGAGCUGUGCAAAUGCUGGACAAAUUUCCCUGCGAAGUACGAGUACGCUCCACGCCGCUGAUACCCUGUCGCCGGCACGGCAAGAAGCGCAAAGAGGACGAGCCGGCGACGCCGGAUGGCGAACAGGACGCCGCCGCCGAUGGCAGCAGUCAGAGCUCCAGCAACGGCAACCAGUCCCAGUCCCAGCUGGCCCAAUCCCAGCAGAGCAGUCCGCCCGCUCUGGCCGCAGCGCACAUCAAGAAGGAGAACGGCGCUAGCAACAGCGGCGGCAGCAGCAGCAAAUCAAAGUCGAAGGCCAAGUCGAAUAACUCCAGCGCAUCCACGCCCGGCUCGGCGCCGCCGACGACUCCCUCGCCGCGCUGCCAGACGCCAGUGACGAACAAUCCCAGUCCGGCGGGCAGCGCGUUCAGCACACCCCCGGUCAAUCAGCACGGCGCCAAUCCGAAUGCCAACAAUAACUCCGCAGCUGGCGCCGUGCCCGCUCCACCUGGCGCACAGCCCAAUCAGCUGAUGAGCUCAAACUCGAGCCUCAUGAACAUGGCCACCAUGAUUGACACCUUUACGGACGCCCAGCUGCAGUCCAACCAGAUCUCGAGCACCGUGCUGGACUCGCCCUACUCCUAUGACUACCAGACGGGCUCCUACAUUGACUCGCGCAACUACUACGGCAACUGGCCGCCUCAUGCCAUGGGCAUGGCUCCCGGCAGUGCUGCACUGACGCCCACGACGCCCACAGCGCCGCUAGUGCAGCAUACGCACACGGUGACCCCGCCAACAGCGGCUGCUGCUGCGACAGCGACUACAGCAGCAACAGUUGCGCCAGCAGCAACAGCCACAGCUCUGCCGCCUGCCACGCCAGCUACAGUGACUCCUACGCCUGCGCAGCACGAUGCCAGCAAUGGCUACACGCCCAGCUACAACAAUCUGACGUCGCCAGCACUGGGCGCACAGCAGCAGCAGCAGCAGCAACAGCAGCAGCAACAACAGCAGCAGCAACAACAGCAACAGCUGCAACAACAGCAGCAGCAACAGCAGCAACAGCAGCAGCAGCAACAGCAGCAACAGCAGCAGCAGCAGCAACAACAGCAGCAACAACAUCAGCAGCAGCAGCAGCAGGGUGGUGUCGAUAUAUCCACAGUUGUUGGUGGUGAGCUUAAGAGUCGCGUCAGCGAGGAAAAUCCCGACUCGACAACGCUGGUCAAUCACUCACUGGUCGAGAGUAAGUUAACCGCCUUGACAGCCAUGCAACCCAUGACUAAUCUAGCACCACCACUUCACCACCACCACCACCAUCAUCCGCAUACGCCAGAGGGCUUCGUCAAGCCGAAGCCGCCGCCGAGCGAUUACCAGUACUCGCAGUACCCGAACAACUAUCAGAUGUACCCGCCGCCUCCGCCGCCGCCGCACUCGGCAUAUUCCGCGUACGAUGCCUACCAGAACAUGAACUAUAAUUAUGGGUAUCAUCAUCAGGCGUACUCACCGUACGGCAUGUAUCCGCAGCAAACGCCGCCACCGACGCCGCCGUCGCCCAACUGGAAUGUUUACGGGCAUCAUCAGGGCUCUGGCGGCUAUGGUCCCUCGGGCGGAGGAGCCGGUGGUGCACUGUUAGCCACGCAUGGUCCUGUGCCAUCGGGAGCAACUCUGGUUAAGCCCACGUUGCCAACAGCAGUGGCUCCACUCCAGCAGCAGCAGCAGCAGCAACAACAACAACAGCAACUGCAACAGCCUCAACAACAGCAGCAGCAGCAACAACAGUUACCGGCGACACCGCCCCAAACUGUUUUGCCCGAUUUGAGCAACGGCCAACUGUCUGUUAAUAGCGUGGAACCCAUUACCACGCCUACAGCAGCGCCUACGGCUGAAGUGCCGCCCAUUGGCAAUAACAGCAACAACAGCAACAGCAGCAUCAGCAAUGAUGCCAACGGCAACACAUCGGGAGCCGGCAACGGCAACACAACGACAACAGUCGCGCCGGCCAGCACCAAUUCGAGCAAAAUCGAGCCCAUCGGCGAGGUGGCCGAGAUUAAUGAGAACAUUGAAGCGUUCCAGGAUCCGCAAAUGGGCGGUGUUGCCAUUGCGCUGAACCAUGGCAGCGUAUUGAUCGAGUGCGCCAAGCACGAGAUGCAUGCAACAACAGCUGUGCGGCGACCGGAUCGCCAUGAGCCAACGCGCAUGACCCUGAUCUUUUACCAGCAUCGCAAUUUGAAUCGGGCCAGGCACGGCAUCGACGAGUGGGAGGAGAAGAUGCGCGUGAAAAAGAUCAACACGGACCUCGACAACAAAGCCAAAGAGGAGCGCGAGCGCUUGCUGAAAAAGGCCGCGGGCGAGGAUGACGAGGACGAGGAUAUGCACGAUGAACAAAUGGCGGCAACAGUGCCGCCACCGCUGCCCAGCAUUAAGAAGGAAUCCAAUGGCAGUGGCGGGGCCGUCAAGAAUGGCGCCAGUGGCAGUAAGAAAAAGAAGACCGAUGCCAGCAAGAAGUCGCAAUCGAACAACAACAACAACAAUAGUAACAAUAACAACAACAACAACAACAACAGCAGCGAGCAGCCAAAAAACGAGAAAGUUGCCCUCCACGCACCAACACUAACAACAACGUCGUGGACGACCCUGUUUCCUAUGCACCCAUGUGUGGUUACGGGGCCCUAUCAGGAGGGCAAUAGCAGUCCAACCUCGUCCACGAAUGGCAGCGCCAACGCCAACGCGAAUGGCAACACCAACGCGAAUGGCAACACUGGCAACGCCAAUGGCCCAACAGCCCAGCAGUCGGCAGCGGUGGGCGUGCCGCCGCCGCAGCAGCCGUCGCAGCAGCCGCCGCAGCCAGCGCAGCAAACCUGAGCGCCUACCAGCGCCAGAUGGGGGGCAGCUACUACUACUGGCAGUAGCAGUAACAGUAACAGUAACAGUAACAGUAACAGUAACAGUAGCACUAACAGUUACAGUAACAGUAGUUGCAGUCGCAGUCGCUUGGAUCUAUCACCGUUUAGCUCUAAGCUUAUGCCACAAUCGACUGAAAUAUUCUCACAGCAAUUUAUUUUUGUAAACGCGUCCUGAUUUCGUGUGCCAUACGAGGGUAGGAGGCGGGCAGCAGGUGGCAGGGUGUCCCAGCCAGGCACCAUUCCAGCAUGCAGUAAAACACUACCAAAACUCCACUACACACAAACACAUACAAACACAAACACACACACACACACUUAUGCCUAGUUUAUACACUGGAAGAACACAAAUGCAGCUAGAUACAUAUACAUAUAGAAAUACAAAAAAAAGCAAACUUUAGUUUCUUAAGAGCAGCUAUAUUGUUGGCAAAUUCUGUUAAAUGAGUUACUUUUAAUUUGAUGUUCUCUCUUUCUGUUAAGAAUCAAAGCACACUACAAACAGCAAACUACAGAACAAACACUAGAAAACAAAAACUGAAUCACUAAAAAAUAAAACAAAACAAAUUACCUAAUAAAUAAAAUGCUAAAGUAAUUUUUGCUUGAGUUUCUAUCGCGAGCAAUAUAAACAAAUUAAUAUUUUAAACAAACGAUCAAGCAAAAAGAAAAAACAAAACACAAAGAAAAUAAAAAACUGUUAGUGGACGGACACUCGUAAAAGAUCAUUGCCAAAAGUACAAAUAAACCAAUUUUUAAAGCAAACUAGAAACAACGUAAACAAUUUCGCAAACAACUAAACAAAAUACAAAACUUAAUUAAAUAGUCGGUAACAUGUUUUUACUGCUAGACACUAAAAUAGCACAACAAAAUCAACAAAUAUUUUUCAACUAGCUUUUCCACUUUAAUUCAACAAAACCAAACAAUUUGACUGUCUCUUGGUGCUGUUGCAUACUCUUAAGCGCCAAGCGAAUUCAAAUUGAUGGCCAGCAAAUGAUGCUCUUUUGGUGCAUUGCAAGCGACUCUCUUUCGAUCGUCGCUCUACACGCAAGAGAGCUGCAUUUGUCACAUUUGAUUUACCGUUAACUGCAAGUACAUUCACAAAUAGACACACACACAGACACACACACGCGCGACAACACAGAGAGAGCGUUACGAAAGGCAAACUACAUUAACAAAGCAAAAUGAAGAAAUUACAAAAAAAAAUAUUGAAUUUACAUACUAACACUUUUGUAUUUAGUAUGUGUGCGUCUGGCGAUAUGAGCACAACAAGAAGGUUGCUGGGAUGGGCAGCAUUUUAAGCUAAGCAUACGUAAAAAGCACAUAAUUAAGCAUAAAGCAUUAAAACAUGUGAGGGGAAAGUGAAUGAAAUGUUAGUAAAGCAAAGAGAGAGAGAGCGGAGCAGCGCGUAAGGCAUCAAGACAUUUU